UACCUGGUAGCUCCAAUAGGAUCUGCUUAAAGCCACCUGGAAUAGGUGCUUUAAAGGGGAACUAUGUAGUUUGGGAGAAAGACAUUCAAGCUCAUGAUUUUAAUGUUUACCGCAUCAUUGAGGUAAUGAUACAUGUUAAGUGUUUUUGUAAAGUUGUGAAUGAACCAGCUGUUCUCAGAGGAAAAUAAGGUCCCCAGAACACUGUUUCAAGCUAGAAAGAUGGCAGGGUCCGCCACAUAUAAACACAGGGAAACGGUAUGAAAUUGUGUUGUCCCUUUAAGGUCAGUUAGUUUAAUCAGUUUAUCCAAAACAAAAAUCUUUAGUUUGUUUGGGCAUAAUUUUUAAAAAAGAAAAAAAAAAGUUGAUGAAGACCUUUGUCUUCUGAUUAAUAUUUAUUAACCAAAAUUAGAUUGAAACUUUGUUUUUCACUUUUAGAGACAAAACAGCGAGCUGAAGCUCUAAGAUUAGCUUUUAUAUGCACAUAAAAAAAAGGUGUUUAAAAUCAGUACUGACUGUAGCUGAUAUUUAAAAUAUGUGUGUGAAACAAAAGUCUAAAAUGAAAACAUUUUCUGUUUUAAAGUUUUAAAGUGGUAUGUUUGUAAAAAAAAUAAAUAAAAAAUGAAAAUAAAAAAGGAUAAACUUGUCCGAGCAGUUUUGAUUGACAUCCAAACUCAAAAAAAUGUUUUCAUAUUUAAAUUUUUUAUUUAUUUUCCUCAUAUUUAAUAGACGCAGUGAAACCAUCACUCCCCUCGUUCAGAUGCAAAGUGAACAAUAGAUACACGCUUGUCAAGUUGAAGGACUUGCUGCGCCACCCAAGACAAACUUUCUGACCUCCACCCCCUCCUGUGGCGUCACGCAGGAGGAGGGAUGGCACUUUAAAUAUGGAAAAAGACACGCUGCGCUCACAGAGGCUCUCCACACGCUGCCAACGAGACUUUUCCUCACCAUGUCACCGAGGAGCGAUCUGGAAGAGUCCAGCACGAUGUGAGGAUAUCGCGUGACGAGUUCAAUUUGAUUUGUAGAGUCGGAGAAGUCAAUUCCAGCCAGAUAGCCGCAGCUCGCUCCUCGACUUCUUUUACUUUUUUUUUGUUUUGUUUAUCCAGUUAACAAAGCUCGACGAGCGGAGUGGGUGAAGAUUUCCAAACGCAGACUACGAGAGGGACCUGAACCGAGCAGAAGGACUGCUGAUCAUCUGUGAGGUUUCUCACCAUGAGUUCCGACAAGAAAGUUGAGGACGAAGCAGUCUUGGACAGAGGAGCGUCCUUUGUCAAGCAUGUCUGCGAUGAAGAGGAAGUGGAAGGUCAUCACACCGUCUACAUCGGCGUGCACGUUCCCAAGAGCUACCACCGGAGGAGACGCCACAGACGCAAGUCCAGCCACAAGGACAAGCGGGAACGAGCCGAGCACGGCACGGAGGGAUACAAGUCGGACGGGGAGACCGCCGAUGAAGCCGUCACGAACGUCCUCAAGCCACUCAUUUCUCCAGCCGAGAGGAUCAGGUUUAUCCUGGGAGAGGAGGACGAUGGUCCUCCGCCGCCUCAGCUCUUCACCGAGCUGGACGAGCUCCUCGCCGUGGACGGACAGGAGAUGGAGUGGAAGGAGACGGCCAGAUGGAUCAAGUUCGAGGAGAAAGUGGAGAAGGGCGGUGAGCGCUGGAGCAAGCCUCACGUGGCCACGCUGUCCUUGCACAGCUUGAUGGAGCUGAAGACGUGCAUCGAGAAGGGCACCAUCAUGCUGGACCUGGAGGCCGGCACGCUGCCGCAGGUCGUCGAGAUGAUCACCGACAGCCAGAUCGAGUCCGGUCAGCUAAAGGCGGAUCUGAAGGAGAAGGUCAUGUACACGCUGCUACGGAAGCAUCGCCACCAGACCAAGAAGUCCAACUUGCGCUCGCUGGCCGACAUCGGCAAGAGUGUUUCCAGUGCAAGUAGGCUGUUUUCCAAUCAGGAGAACGCACGCAGCCCCGUUGAGCAUCCUGUGCCUUGUUUAAGCCCACACGACUCAGAGGAACCAUGUGAGGUCAUGAGGAGCUCCAGCAUGGGAUACCUCUGUAGCCCAACUACUGCCCAUAGAAACCUCACCUCCAACAGCCUGAGCGACUUCUCUGACAAACCAGAGAAGGAUCAGCUGAAGAACAAGUUCAUGAAAAAGUUGCCCCGCGAUGCAGAGGCGUCGAACGUGCUGGUCGGCGAGGUGGACUUCCUGGAAACUCCCUUCGUGGCGUUCGUUCGUCUGCAGCAGGCCGUCAUGCUCGGGGCUCUAACCGAGGUCCCAGUGCCCACAAGGUUUCUCUUUGUCCUGCUGGGGCCCAAAGGGAAGGCAAAGUCCUACCAUGAAAUUGGAAGAGCCAUUGCCACCCUGAUGUCAGAUGAGGUGUUCCACGAUAUCGCCUACAAAGCGAAGGACAGGCAGGACCUGCUGGCCGGUAUCGAGGAGUUCCUGGAUGAGGUCAUCGUCCUGCCCCCCGGAGAGUGGGACCCUGACAUCAGGAUAGAGCCGCCCAAGUCUCUGCCCUCCUCAGAUAAGAGGAAGAACAUGUACGCCGGAUUAGAGCCGCCUCAGAUGAACGGCGACACUCCCCACGAUGCGGGACAUGGAGGGGGAGGAGGACACCAGGUUGGAGAGGAGCUGCAGCGCACCAGGAAGUUUUGUGGAGGUCUCAUCCUCGACGUCAAGAGGAAGCUGCCAUUUUUCGCCAGUGACUUCUAUGAUGCGCUACACAUCCAGUCGCUGUCCACCAUCUUGUUCAUCUACCUGGGCACGGUCACAAAUGCGAUCACAUUUGGAGGCUUACUUGGCGACGCUACGGAAAACAUGCAGGGAGUGUUGGAGAGUUUCGUGGGCACGGCACUGACAGGAGCAGUGUUCUGCAUGCUGGCUGGUCAGCCCCUGACUAUUCUCAGCAGCACAGGCCCGGUGCUCGUCUUUGAAAGGCUCCUCUUCAACUUCAGCAAAGACAACAGCUUGGACUACCUUGAGUUCCGGCUCUGGAUCGGCCUGUGGUCGGCGAUAUUCUGUCUGGUGCUGGUCGCCACAGACGCCAGCUUCCUGGUGCAGUACUUCACGCGUUUCACAGAGGAAGGCUUCUCUGCGCUCAUCAGCUUCAUCUUCAUCUACGACGCUUUCAAAAAGAUGAUAAAGCUGGGGCACUACAACCCGAUCAACACCAAUUACGAUACGAACCUCAUCACUCAGUACGACUGCCGCUGCAUGCCUGCAGGGAACUCUUCAGAACUCCUUGAUCUCUCCUCCUGGACAAACAGUACUGACCUGCCAGUGAAUGCCACCUGGGCGUCCCUGACCAAGAAGCAGUGCUUGAAGUACGGAGGGCAGCUGGUUGGAGAGACCUGUGGCUACGUGCCUGACAUCACCCUGAUGUCCUUCAUCUUGUUCUUUGGGACUUACGCCUGCUCCAUGGCUCUGAAGCAGUUCAAGACAAGCCGCUUCUUCCCCACCACAGUGAGGAAGCUCAUCAGUGACUUUGCGAUCAUCCUGACCAUUCUUCUCUUCUGCGGCGUGGACGCCUUCGUCGGUGUAAACACUCCAAAGCUCAUAGUGCCAAGUGAAUUCAAGCCCACGAGUCCAAUGAGGGGCUGGUUUGUUCCUCCUUUUGGAGGGAACCCCUGGUGGGUGUACCUGGCUGCCUCACUCCCCGCUCUGCUAGUCACCAUUCUGAUAUUUAUGGACCAGCAGAUCACUGCUGUGAUUGUCAACCGGAAAGAGCACAAACUCAAGAAAGGAGCAGGCUAUCACCUGGACCUGUUCUGGGUGGCCAUCCUGAUGAUCAUCUGCUCUUUCAUGGGCCUGCCGUGGUACGUGGCUGCCACUGUCAUCUCCAUCGCCCACAUUGACUCUCUGAAAAUGGAGACCCAGACGUCGGCCCCUGGGGAGCAGCCCAAAUUUCUGGGUGUGAGGGAACAAAGACUCACCGGUACCUUUGUGUUCCUGCUGACGGGACUCUCUGUCUUCAUGGCCCCGAUCCUCAAGUUCAUCCCCAUGCCUGUCCUCUACGGUGUGUUCCUCUACAUGGGUGUGGCUUCACUCAAUGGUGUUCAGUUCAUGGACCGCCUGCAGCUGCUGCUGAUGCCAGCCAAGCACCAGCCGGACCUGAUCUACCUGCGGCACGUCCCCCAGAGACGCAUCCACCUCUUCACCUUCAUCCAGGGCCUGUGCUUGGCCGCCCUCUGGAUCCUCAAGUCCACUGUGGCUGCCAUCAUCUUCCCCGUCAUGAUCUUGGCUUUGGUUGCCGUUCGUAAGGCGAUGGACUACGUGUUCUCCCAGCACGACCUCAGCUACCUGGACGAUGUCAUCCCGGAGAAAGACAAGAAGAAGAAAGAGGACGAGAAGAAAAAGAAAAACAAAAAGAAAGGAAGCAUCGACAGUGAAAUGGAAUUUUCUGACUACCCGUACAAUGACAAUAUCCCCACUAUAAAAAUCUCCAUGGAUAUGAUGGAGCAGGAGCCCAUGUUGGGCGACAAAUCUUUGGAUAGAGAUCAAUCCCAGACUUUCCUUAACACGCAUUCACCGUGCUGAGCGCUACUUUGACUCUUCCACGGUGGCCGAGUAAUCUUGACAGAAGUUCCUACGCAAAAGGUUCGCCUCAGAUUCGAAUAGAACUGGACCCCGAGGACAACGGUUUCGCCUGGAGGAAGGGCUCUGAAACAGAUCUGUGAAUGAAUUAUCCAAAGAUGCAGCACAACAUAGUAAAGGUCCUCUUUUUUUAUCUUCAGUACCCCAUCCUGCUGGUGUUUUUUAAAUCUUCCUCAAUUGAGGAUUUUAAUCAGAGCGGCUGGAAGUAUAUGUCCUAAAUUUUAAAACACUUUGCUGGUACAGAAUUUUUAUGAGGGCUAUAUUUAAGUUUGUGUGAGGUGUUGCAGCAAACAAAAGGGCUACUCAAGGUCAUCUGGAUGCAGUUUUUUUUUUAAGGAAUAUAAAUAUCUUAUGAACGCGUAGCUAAUAAUUUAUAACUUAAGAUGUUUUCAUCGUAAAAGAUUUCCAGGAAACGGUUGAUUUGUCGACUACAUAUCAGGAUACGUUUUCCACAGUUUCUAGCGAUUAUUCCUCUGACACCAAACAAAACCAGCCUCUCUUCCUGUUUUUUUUUUUUUUUUUUUAUAUAGUCGGUGUUAAAUAUAAUUUGAUUCGACACAUAACUGCUGGAAUCUUGAGAUUGAAACAUGGAGGGAGGUACUGCAUGUGGAGGCGAGCGCAGGAAAUCCUCCUUUUUACUUGUAGUGAACAAAGGAGCUGCAGAAGGUCAUCUGUGCAGUCACGAGCGGACAUUAAUUUUGUAUUUAUGGGCAUAUGCAUUAUUUAUCCAGCACCCAUCUAAGGCUGCAUGUUCAUUAAACACAUCCAGAAGAUAAUGAAAGAAUACAAUGUUUGUCUCUGUAUGGUAAGAAGUAAGUGGCUCAGCGCCACACAGACUGGAACUUUUUUUUUUGUUGUUGUUUUUGUCUCUUAUUCGUCCUUUUAUUCCGUUUUCUAUAUUUAUUUUUAUUUAAACUCUUGGCAAAAAUUAAUUGCUGUUUGAAUCCUAAGCAUGGCUUCACCAUUUGACUUCCCCAUUCGCGCAAAUUUGAAGAUUCUUUCUGUGGUCUUUUUCCCUGUUUCAGGUAGAUAUAGAUGUAUUAUACCUGUAUGUAGCUCUACCUCUUAUGUUUCUGUAGGUGCCAGGCAUUAUAUUAUAUUAAAAUCAUCUGUUGUGCAAUUACUUGUGAUCAAACACUGAUUCAUCUUUUUCAACUGGCACUGCAUAUGACCUCUGAAUCUUCACUUCGAGUUCCUUUUUUGCUCUUAAUAUGUUGUGUUUUCUUGUUUUUAUUGUUUGUCAAAUUGAAAAAAACGGUGUAUGAUUUUUGCAGUGUUUUUAAAGGGUAAUUUCACCAAAAUUAUCUGCAUUUUUGGUCCACAAAGCAAAAUAUUGAACUUUUUUAUUUCUAAAAACUCCAAACUAUCUCUAAAUAAAUCUAGAAUUGCAUCAUCUGAUAAGACAACAUCAUUUAUACGUUUGUUUUUAAAGGGUAAUUCCACCCAAACAUUUUUUUUUUUUUUGGACCCAGAAGCAAAAAAAAUUUCAGAUAACAAAACAUGUUUUAUGUUCUGUCUCAUGUACUGAAGUUGGAGGGAAAAGCAGUGUAACCCAUCUAAAUGAAUGCAGUUUAAUGUCCUCACACACUUGACUGUGAAUGCAACCCUGAACGCCUAUUUGAGCUGAUUGUUCCUUUUUAAAAUGUGAUCAUAUUUAAAAGCUGUUAAUGUGAUACAUUUUCAAUAUUGAGUAAUUUUUUUUGUAAUUCUGUGAUUUUUUUUUUUUAAAUGCUAAUCAACAAUCACUGUGAGGCAAUGCAAUGUUCUGACUUCCAUCUUUUGGUAGGAGUGCUGCUUUGUAUCAUACAGGGUAACACAGCUUCAUUUUAAUCGCUAGACACUAUCGUCAUUGCAUCAAUCUCCAAAUUCCGUUAAUUAACAGUUUGAUGAGAAAUGUCUUCUGUUUUUUUCUUUUCUGUAUUACUCAAAUGAUCUGAACUGAUCCAGUUGAUUUUAGGAUAUGAACUCAUAUCUGUGUGUGUGUGUGAUAUAUCUCAAUCAUUUGACGUGUACGUGUAUUGGAGGAAAAGAAAACAUGACAUUCACAAUCGGUGCUGUUUCUUAAUUGGGGCUUUUAAUUCAUGCUUUCACAAUCGCAUCAGUGUGCUGUCAAGAUUGCCGUUGAAGUUAUUCUCGAACCAAAAAUCAAAAAACCACAUGGUCUUCCACUUUUUGUUCUGUGAUCUGUAUAUCUUGACUUUUAUGACUCUGUGGUACUGAUUCCACAAUAAAUGUAAUAUUUUUUCAUGUUAUAACUCUGAAACCAGUUUUAUACAAGCAUCAAUAACCAUUGGUUACUCAGAAGGAAGCAGAUGUCUCUGUAUUUUUUUAUGGAACAGUGUUUUGAAGGAGAGCAAUAAACCAGUCCAAAUGAUUCUUAAAAACGUAA